AUGCAUGAAAGGAAUGUCAGAACAGCCAUUGCCCACGCUGGUGUGGGAUUUUGUCUCAUUUUGCCAACAUUUUUGGUUCGCCAUAUCGUUCCGGACCCUUUGGAUGCCAAGAACGCUGAUGACAACUACUUCAAUUUCUCCUUUCCUAUUGCUAUCUUGCACCUUGCCAGCAUAGUUGGAGCUGCUGCUGCCACUUUUGUCAUCGUGAUUGGUGUGCACUUUCUGUCCAGAGACCUUCCCCUCCUGAACUUCUCCUCAUGGUUGUGGCUGGGAACUUGCCUCGUCCUCAUCAUCGGCGGGUUUGUUGAGAUGAUCGCAUUGCUUGAGCUAGGACGGGAACCAAGACUGAGGCGUCAGCUCAUGGUCUGGCGCGACCACAUCCUUCUCCACGGCUUUCCUAUCCCCGAGGGUCUUGCCGUCAUCUUCAUGGGACUUUCGAUUAUGUUCGAGCUGCGGCGACGAGCGGCGGAGGAUCAAAUAGCAAGCGAGCUCGGCUCUGUCUUUCCCAUGUGGAUGGGACUGAUCGCCGUCUUGGUAGGACUGACCUACCUCAUCACCAGCUUUCUCCCCUCCCUCACCCACGAGUUUGUCCUGGCAAAGUUCGCCUACUCCAUCUGGGGACUUUUCGCAGGAGCCCUGUUGCUCCGCCAUCAUCAGAGCAAGAAGAAUUGA